AUGAUCUCCCUCAUCUUACCUCCUACUUCAAAGCAUACCGUCGUCUUCAUUGACAAAGACCUGUCGAUCAAGGGGUUUGAUCACAAUUGCCCCCUUCAUAUAACAGUUAAAUGCCGAGGACUCUGGGUUCCAACCGUCAUCAUCGACAACGGCUCAGCGGUCAACAUUUGCCUUCUUAGGGUAGCUUAUCAUUUGGGACUUACAAAGAAGGACCUUGUGCCUUCCAAUGUGGCCGUUAAGGCGUACAAUAGCACUCGUCGUGUUGUCGAGGGGACUCUACUUCUCAAACUCGAUGCUGAGGGUUUUGAGAUGGAUAUUGAGUUUCAUGUCCUUGACAUCCCCGCUACAUUCAACCUGCUGCUGGGCAGACCUUGGCUCCAUAGAUCAGACAUCAUGGCUGUGCCUUCUACUCUCCAUCAAAAGGUCGUGUUGGGACUUCUUUCCGGCACACUUACUUUCUACGGGGGCUCUGGAUUCUCUUUCGAUACAUUUGGCUCAGUACUUGCCAUCAACGUGGACAGCGACUUCAUUAUAAGCUUUGCUGCUUUGGACAUAAUGAGAAGGAUGUCGUACAUGCCUAAUAUCUACUUCGUGCACGAAGGAGGAAAUGUUGCUUACACAGGACAGGUCGAACCUUUUGCGGAUCCAGAAACUAGGGAACUACUACCUGGUUUUGAGGUUUUCGGUAAUGACACCUGGUCAGACAGUGAUGAGGAACCAGCAAAGGCAAAAUUCAAGAGGAAGCUUAACCAGGCUAAAGUGAAGACUGACUGGCUGGGAUCAUUUGAUCAAGGGAGCUUGGAGCUGCUAUUCCAAGAAUUCUCUCAAGUGGGUUUUACCGAAGAAGCUAAAGAGGCCGAAUACCCCAUUUGGGUGGCCAAUAUUGUUCCUGUUCCCAAAAAGAACGGACAAAUUCAAGUAUGUGUCGAUUUCAGGGACUUGAACAAAGCAAGCCGCAAAGAUGAUUUUCCCUUGCCUCACAUUGAUGUGCUUAUGGAUAAUACUGCGGGACAUACAAUGCUUUUGUUCAUGGCUGCCACGACCAUCUUGCAUGAUAUGAUCCACAGAGAAGUUGAAGUCUACGUGGAUUAUAUGAUUGUCAAGUCAAAAACUCGAGAAGGCCAUAUCCCUGUGCUUAGGAGUUCUUCGAGCGACUCCGUAAGUUUCGGAUGCGUCUCAAUCCACAAAAAUGCACUUUCAGAGUUACAGCGGGCAAAAUGCUUGGCUUAA